AUGACGACAUCUACAUUGUCCGUUGCGAGCACCCAAUUAUGCGGAUGGUGGAUACCGUAUCAUGCACCAUCAAUGGAAUGUGUGGAUGUCGACAACAACUCCUUGAAGCGAUCUGCCACGUUACUCGAAGCACUUUGCAGCAUGGCAUCGACCAUGACGUCCCUCGCACUUAAUCCGGAUCAAGGCGACGUUGAGCCUGUUUUCCAAUUGAUUCAAGCCAUGGGACGCCAUGCAUGCGUUCAACAACUCGUCCUUGCUAGUGGAGCAUUCGUCAGGGAUUACUUCGAGAUGAAGAUUAUGACCAUCGUCAUGAAGCCAAUGACCAUCAUGAUCGGCAAACUGAGACUGCUCAAACGUUUGUCACUUAGACAAGGGAUGAUGGCAUUCAGGUGUAAGCCUUUUAUUGAUACGAUACUUCAUCUUGCUACCCAUUGCUGUCACCUAUGUGAAAUGGACAUUCAAGCCCAUGUGCAAGAUCUCGAUACUGGGGCACUGGUCCUAUCUACAUUGGAUCAGCUUGAAAGCAUUGGACUCCAUGUCGUGGUCGGAUUUUGCUGUUAUCAAGUAAAUGGAAACGUGAUGUGGCAAUUGCGACCAGGUAAGAUUCUUUAA